AUGACAAAUUAUGAAGAUUUUUCUAUGUUGUUUCCGAUUUGGCCAUUGGUAGUGAUUGACAAUACAAUGGACGAAGGAACUAUACAAACAAAUGACUUGACUUUAGUAUCUGAGAAUCAUCAAUGCUAUGAUGAUGAAUUAAAUUUUUUGAUCAAGCAUCAACACCAUCCAACGCCUAGUACACCCCCUGUCAAAAAACGUAACACGAGAGUGGGUUAUUGUGAACAUCCGAAACAUGUUUUUUACCGCCAAUACCCCCAUCAAAGAAAAGAAGAAGAUAAAAAAUGGGAUGGAGUGAUGAGAACACCACGUCGUGGAAGACCUCCUAAAGGCACAACAUCAACUGAUUGUCAUUUAUCCUUAUAUCAAAUUGCCAUGACCACCCGUCCUCUUCCUAAACGAUUGGAAGCUGUUGUAGGAUAUUCGAAUAUUCAUGUCUGUUUGACUUGUUUAAAACGAUCCGAUAUGGAUUUGGAUUAUUUGAUGCAUCCUGCUUAUAUAGGUCCUCAAACUACACGUAAAACAAACCCACACUAG